GCCCGCCCCCACCGCGGCCCCUUCAUGGACAGGAACUACCCGAGCGCCGGCUUCGGGGACCCGCUCGGCGCCGGGGCGGGAUGGAGCUACGAGAGAUCAGCGAAAGCUAGCUUGGUAUAUGGCGGCUCCAGGACUUCCCACCCGGAGACAGACAUCUUACACCGCCAGGCUUAUGCAGCCCCUCACCCGCUUCAGGGGUAUGCCACCAAUCACCACCCUGCAGGUCUCUCUGGCUUGUUUGACACGGGCCUCCACCAUGCUGGUUCAGCUGGCCCAGAUGCCUCAGUCAUGAAUCUGAUCUCUGCCCUGGAGUCCCGGGCCCCCCAGCCAGGCCCGUCUGCUUCCUCUCUCCUGUCCCAGUUCCGAAGUCCAUCCUGGCAGACAGCCAUGCACACACCUGGCCCCACGGAGCUGUUCAUCUCGGGGGCCUUGCCCGGCUCGGGGACGUUCCCAUCCUCCUCCGCUCUGUCUGCCUAUCAGCACCCAGCUUCAUUUGGGGGUCGCCCCUUCCCGGUGCCAUCAUCUCUAAGCCUCCAGGACCCACCCUUCAGCCCACCAGCCAAUGGGCUUCUCUCACCACAUGAUGUCUUGCACCUGAAGCCUUCCCAGGCCCCGACCGUGCCCUCUUCACUGGGCUUCGAGAGGCUGGCAGGGGGUGGCGUCCUGGGGCCUGCCAGCCUGGGGCCUGCUCAGACUCCUCCCUACCGCCCAGGACCUCCUGAGCCUCCCCCUCCUCCCCGCCAUCUCCCUGCUCAGUUUAACCUGCUGGCCUCCUCUUCUUCAGAGCAGUCUUCUCCCCAGCUGUACAACUUCUCUGGGGCUGCCCCACCGGGGCCCCCACCCGAGCGGGCCUUGCCCAGGCAAGACAGCGUCAUCAAGCACUACCAGAGGCCGGCCAGUGCCCAGCCCCCCCCCCCCCCCACCCCCCCAACGGCCCACUCCCUACAGCACUACCUGAGCUGUGGCGGCAGCUACCCGCCCCCAGCCAUGGGUCACCGGGCCAGCCUGGCCUGUAGUCCUCUAGGGGGGGAGCCUUCCCCUGGAGCUGGAGAGGCAGCCAAGGGGGGGCAGGGGGCUGGCACAGGGAGUACGGGGGCUGGGGGCCGGGCAGCAGGCCCAGAAGCUGGGCCAGGGCCAGGGGGGCAGGGGGCUGGUGCGGCAGGGGGAGGCUACCGCCCCAUCAUUCAGUCACCUGGUUACAAGACAGCCAAGGGGGGUUAUGGGACGGGGACGGGAACGGCACGGCCCCCCCCCUCCCGCUCCACAGCCACACCUAAGUGCCAGAGCCUGGGGGCUGGGGGCUAUGCUGCUGGGACCGGGAAGCCCAGUGGAGCUGGCAGUGGGGGGGGCCAAGCUUACUCCCCAGGCCAGCCCCAGGGCCUCCUGGGUCCCCAGGCCUACAGCCAGGGUUUUGGUGCCAGCCAGGCCCAGGACCUGAGUAAGGGGCCUGGUUAUACAGCAGGGCCUCCCCAGGCUCAGCCUGGUGGGCCCCCCCAGCAGCCUCCUCCCAGCCUGACCACCUGCCAAAGCUACUCCCCCGACCAGCUCCAGAGCCUUCCUUAUGGGGUGCAGAGUGAAGGCUAUCCUGGCCCUGCCCCCCACUCCCAGGGCCUGCCCACGGCUAGCCCCUCUCUCAGUUACAGCACUGGCCACUCUCCAGCCCUCUCAGGCCACGGUGGGGCCUGGGGCCACACACCGGCCUCCUUAGGUGGCGGUGGGGGUGGGGAAGCUAGUCCCUCCCACAUCAUCCGGCCGUUGCAGUCACCACCAGCCACGGGAGGAGGGCGGCCCCCGGGGGUGGCCAGCCCUGGUGCCCCUGGAAAGUACCUGAGUUCAGUGUUGGCCUCUCCGACCUUCCUGGGCCCCCCCGGUGGGGGUGCUGGCUACCCGGGGACAGGGGGAGCUGGGGGCUAUAAGGGCAAAGGAGAUGGGGGAGAGCUGCUGGGGGGACCGGGGAGUGGGGGCGCAGGGCAGCGCACCGAGGACGAGGACUUUCUCAUCCAGCACUUGCUGCAGGCCCCCAGCCCGCCCCGGGGCUCAGGCCCUGAAGGCCUAGUGGGAGAGUGUGAAGAGCAGAGGGGCAGCGAGGGGCCUGGUGGCGGGGGCGGCCCUAAGGCUGCCGCUGCAGCCUACGACCUGGCCAAGGAGGAGCAGCAGCGCUAUCACCUGCAGAGCGUGAUCCGGACGAGCGCCAGCCUGGACGAGGGGGCUGCGCUCGAGCUGGGCCUGGGGCGGCUGAAGGACAAGAAGAAGUCUGCCAGCAGCGAGCGGGGUGGGGGCACCCCCGAGGCCCUGGCCACCUCGGUCGUCCACUACGGGGCAGGGGCCAAGGACCUGGGGGCUUACCUGCAGAAGACGCCUCCGCCACCUGCCCCAGCCCCGCCGCCGCCACCCUCCCACCACAACCUGCUCUUGGAGGGAGCCCCUGAACUUCCUCUUGUCCUGCCCCCACCUCCGCCUCCACCUCCACCCCAGCUCCUGCCUUCAGUGCUGAGCCAUGCGCCCAGCCCCCCGGCUCCCCCCUCCGCUCCUCCGCCCCGCAAAGUGGGUGUGCACCUCCUAGAGCCGCCACCUCGGGACACCGGACCUCUCCAACUGGAGGCCCACCUGCGGGGGCCGCCUGGCCUUGAAGCAUCCCCCAGCCCCCGGCUGCGUGCGGAUGAGGGCCUGGAGGCCCCCGGAGCCAUGCAGGACCUGCUGGGCGCCUUGGAGCCCCUGCCCGCGCCCCCUGCCGAGGCGGGCGGCCCUCAGCCUGGGGAGGCCAAGGACCCGGCAGGAGCCUACCGCAGCCCCAGCCCGCAGGGGCCCAAGGCGCCACGCUUCGUGCCCUUGACGUCCAUCUGCUUCCCGGACUCGCUGCUGCAGGACGAGGAGCGCAGCUUUUUCCCCACCAUGGAGGAGAUGUUUGGUGGUGGAAGCGGCGAUGAUUACCCCAAGGCAGGGCCCCCGGAGGAUGAGGCCGAUCCCAAGGGCAGUGGCAGUGGCAGCGGAGCCGCCCCCCCGGGGCCUCCAGCCUAUGAUCCCUAUGGCCCCUACUGCCCUGGCGGACCAGCGAGUGGGGGGCCCGAGCCACCCGGACUGGGCUUGGACCCUGGCAAGACCCCUGUUGAGCUGCCGUCCACAGUUAACACAGAGCCCCUGGGCCUGAUCCAGGCCGGGCAGCACCAGCCUCCCCCACCUCCGCCGCCCCCCCCACCCCCACCCCCUGAGCCCAAGGGCGGCCUUACCUCACCCAUCUUCUGCUCAUCCAAGCCCAAGAAGCUGCUGAAGACCUCGUCUUUCCACCUGCUGCGGCGGCGGGACCCUCCCUUCCAGACCCCCAAGAAGCUGUAUGCGCAGGAGUACGAGUUUGAGGCUGAUGAGGACAAGGCCGACGUGCCUGCUGACAUCCGUCUCAACUCCCGUCGCCUCCCCGACCUGCUGCCAGACCUUGUGUCCAGCUGCCGUUCACGCCCGGCCCUUUCACCCCUGGGGGAUAUUGACUUCUGUCCGCCAGCCCCUGGCCCUACCGGGCCCCGGCGCCGGGGAAGGAAGCCCACUAAAGCCAAACGUGACGGCCCGCCUCGGCCCCGGGGACGGCCCCGCAUCCGGCCCCUGGCCGAACCUCCUCCUGGGCCCCAGCUGGGUCCCCAUGCUCCCGGAGCCCAGGCAGAUGGAGCCAGGAAGCCCCGGGGUCGGGGCCGAGGCCGGGGGAGGAAGGCGGAUGAGCCCAGCACCGAGGGGCUGGAGCCCCUGAAGCCGCUCAAGAUCAAAUUGGCACUGCCCAAAGUGGGUGAGGGUGGCAGCCCUGUGGUAGGCGAGCCAGCAUCUUCUGGCCCCAUGGAUGGCGGCCUGGACUCGAGCCAGACCCGGGAGAAGAUCCAGGCGAAGAUCAAGGAGGUGGAGGAGAAGCAGCCGGAGAUGAAGUCGGGCUUCAUGGCCUCUUUCCUGGACUUCCUCAAAUCGGGCAAGAGACAGCAGCUGCCUUCGGGCUCGGGGCCGCCCCCCAGCCCUUCCAAGGCCGGGCCUGCCCGGACUUUGGGGCCACCCCCAGCUGUGGCCCCCCCACCCCCACCCCCACCGCCUGCCCCCACCUUUGGGCUCGGCGGGGCCCUGGAGGCCGCGGAGGGCGACGGCCUGGGCCUCGGCUGCCCCUCGCCCUGCAAGCGCCUGGACGAGGAGCUGAAGCGGAACCUGGAGACCCUGCCCUCCUUCUCCUCGGACGAGGAGGACUCGGUGGCCAAGAACCGCGACCUGCAGGCCAGCAUCUCCUCUGCCAUCUCAGCCCUGGAUGAUCCACCUGCCCCCAAAGACACCGGUCCGGCCGCCACCCCCGCCGCAGCCUCCAGCCCUGGUGAGGACCCUCAUCAGGGAGCGUGCUCCAUGUUCUGAACAGGGCCACCGUCUGUCCUUGCUCCCUCAGAAGCCCCUGUCCUGGACGAGAAGCCGCCCCCGUCACCUGCUCCAUCUUCUCCUCCCUCGCCCCCUCCCCCCCCACCCCUGGUGCCCCCAGAGCCCUCCUCCCCACCCCCUCCACCACCACCGCCUCCGCCUCCUGCCAUCCCUCCUGUGCCAAUGCCACUGCCCCCUCCGCCAGAGGUGCCAGCCCUGGUUCCAGCCCCGGCCCCGUCCCCCGAGGAGCCAGAGCCCCCUGAUGCUCGGCCCUUGCACUUAGCCAAGAAGCAGGAGACGGCGGCCGUGUGUGGUGAGACUGAUGAUGAAGCGGGGGAGAGUGGAGGUGAGGGCAUCUUUCGUGAGAGGGACGAGUUUGUCAUCCGGGCAGAGGACAUCCCAGCCCUCAAGCUGGCCCUGCAGACGGGCCGGGAGCCGCCCCCCAUCUGGAGGGUUCAGAAGGCCCUUCUCCAGAAGUUCACCCCAGAGAUCAAGGACGGACAGAGGCAGUUCUGCGCUACUAGCAAUUACUUGGGUUAUUUUGGGGAUGCCAAGAACCGAUACCAGCGUCUCUACGUGAAGUUUCUGGAGAAUGUGAAUAAGAAGGAUUACGUGAGAGUCUGUGCGCGAAAGCCUUGGCAUCGGCCCCCAGUCCCUGUCAGGCGUCCAGGACAGCCAAAGGCUAGUCCAGCAUCAUCUGUGACAGUGGCCCCAGGGGGUGGGGUGUCCCUUCCCAAGCCCCCAGCUCCCCCUUCAAAGCCAGAGCCCCCCGAGAGGCCCCCUGAGAAGCCCCUGGAAAAGUCCCCUGAAAAGGUCCCAGAGAAGUCCCCUGAGAAGUCCCCGGAGCCGGCCCCAGAGAAACCAUCUCCUCCAGCCCGCCCUCCUGACAAGGAGCGGGCCCUUCGGUCGGAGCGGGCCACUCGAGGGGAGCGGGGGCCCCGCCCUGGCCCCCCUGCAGUGGAGACAGCCCCAGCCAGGCCUCCACGCCCUCCAAAGGCCCGUCCAGCCAAGGUGAAGGCUGAGCCUCCCCCGAAGAAGAGGAAGAAGUGGCUGAAGGAGGCGAGUGAACGUUCGGCAGCGACCAGAGGCAGCUCCUCCGAGUCUGAGUCUUCCCCCGGGCCCCCCAGUGAGGAUGAGCGGGCGGCCUCUGGGAGGCUUCUGAAGACUCGGGCCAUGAGAGAGAUGUACCGCAGCUAUGUGGAGAUGCUGGUGAGCACAGCCCUGGACCCUGACAUGAUCCAGGCCUUGGAGGACACCCACGAUGAGCUGUACCUGCCCCCGAUGAGAAAGAUUGAUGGAAUCCUCAAUGAGCACAAGAAAAAAGUUCUCAAGCGCCUUUCCCUGAGCCCAGCCCUGCAGGAUGCCCUGCACACCUUCCCCCAGCUGCAGGUAGAGCGUGGCAGUGGUGGGACUGGGGGAGCAGAGGGUGCCCCUGGGACAGGCUCUGGUGCCGUGCGGCUUCGGCCUGCGGGGGACCCAUACAACCGGAAGACCCUGAGCAAACUGAAGAGAACUGUGGCCCGAGCGCAGGAGUUCAAGGUGGAGCUGGACAAGUCAAGCUUCUACACGCUCUAUCAUGCUCUCCACCACUACAAAUACCACACCUUCCUCCGCUGCAGGGACCAGACGCUGGCCAUCGAGGGAGGUGCUGAUGACCUGGGGCAGGAAGAGGUGGUGCAGCAGUGCAUGAGAAAUCAGCCCUGGCUGGAACAGCUUUUUGAUUCCUUCAGUGACCUCUUGGCUCAGGCCCAGGCCCAGGCCCAAGGCCGCUGCGUGUGACCCUGGGGGCCCACGAGUGUCCGAUGUCAGGGUCACUGACUUGCCCUGCUGGGUUGUAGCCCCUCCCUGCCCCCUACCCCCUUUCACUGUACAGAGAAAUUAUUUAUAUAUAUAUGUAUAAAUGUCUAUUUAGUACCCUCCCUCCUUUGCCCUCCCCUCCUCUGCCCUCCCUCCAUGUACAUAAUGUAUAGGAGAAGUCUAUGUAUGGGUGGGGGGUCCAGGGAGCGCUCUCACUUCCAACCAAGACCUUUUCUUUAAGGGCCGUCCCCUGGCAGUGGGAGGCUGUGGUGGGUGGGGCAGGGGAUCUCAGCUUGUUAAUUAUUUUUAAUCUUAUUUAUUGUACAUACCUUUGGGGAGGGGGAAGAGAAGGGGUCUUCACUCCGACCCCCCUCCUUUUCUACGUACAGCGCUUUGGGUCUGGUCCCUGGCCCAGCCCCAGCCCGCCUCGCUCCAGUUUCUGAGUGUUGUCUGAAUGUGGUUCCAUUUUUUAUCAGUCUGUCCACCCCCCUCCCCCUCCCCAACCCCUUCCUCUAUCCUGUUGUCUCUCACUCUGUCUUUCUCUUGGGGUUCUAAACAAUUCACCUUGUAUACACUGUGUACACAGAACCAGCCAGGCUCCGGAACAGCAACCACUUUAUUUGCA